GCCAAGUCUGCUCACGACGUUAGGUGUUGCACCUUUGUUGGUACCUUUUUGAUUUAUAUAGCUUCGCCCCUCGGGGUGUCCGCCAUCUAAACAUGGCGCAGUGGAAGGCUGCUGUGCUGUUGCUGGCGCUGGCCUGCGCCUCUUACGGCUUCGGCGUUUGGGCUGAGGAGGAGAAGCUCGGCACCGUUAUUGGUAUCGACCUAGGCACGACCUACUCUUGCGUGGGCGUGUACAAGAACGGCCGUGUGGAGAUUAUUGCGAACGACCAGGGCAACCGCAUCACUCCCUCGUAUGUGGCCUUCACCGACGAGGAGCGCCUGAUCGGAGACGCUGCCAAGAACCAGGCUACCGUCAACCCCAAGCGCACCGUCUACGACGUCAAGCGCCUGAUCGGCCGCAAGUACGAGGACAAGGAGGUGCAGCGCGACAAGAAGCUUGUGUCCUAUGACAUUGUUGACCGCCAGGGUAAGCCCUAUGUGGCCGUGGACGUCAAGGGCGAGCAGAAGGUGUUCUCGCCUGAGGAGAUCUCGGCUAUGAUUCUUCAGAAGAUGAAGGACACUGCUGAGGCCUACCUGGGCAAGACUGUCAAGCACGCUGUGGUCACCGUGCCCGCGUACUUCAACGAUGCCCAGCGCCAGGCCACCAAGGACGCCGGCACCAUUUCUGGCCUGAACGUGGUGCGCAUCAUCAACGAGCCCACUGCCGCUGCCAUCGCCUACGGCCUGGACAAGAAGGGCGGCGAGAAGAACAUCCUGGUGUUCGACCUGGGCGGUGGCACCUUCGAUGUGUCCAUCCUCACCAUCGACAACGGCGUGUUUGAGGUCAUCUCCACCAACGGCGACACUCACCUGGGCGGUGAGGACUUUGACCAGCGCGUCAUGGAGUACUUCAUCAAGCUGAUCAAGAAGAAGUACAAGAAGGACAUUAGCGGCGACGCCCGCGCCCUGCAGAAGCUGCGCCGCGAGGCCGAGCGUGCCAAGCGUGCCCUGUCCAGCCAGCACCAGGUCCGCGUUGAGAUUGAGGCUCUGUACGAGGGCAUUGAUCUGUCGGAGCCCCUGACCCGCGCCCGCUUUGAGGAGCUGAACAUGGACCUGUUCAAGAAGACCAUGGGACCCGUCAAGAAGGCCAUGGACGACGCCAACCUGAAGAAGACCGAGAUCGAUGAGAUUGUGCUGGUGGGCGGCUCCACCCGCAUCCCCAAGGUGCAGGACCUGCUGCGCGAGUGGUUCGACGGCAAGGAGCCCAACAAGGGUGUCAACCCCGAUGAGGCCGUGGCCUACGGCGCGGCCGUGCAGGGCGGCAUUCUGGGUGGCGAGGGUGGCGAUGAGGUGAAGGACAUCCUGCUCCUGGAUGUGGCUCCCCUGUCUCUGGGCAUUGAGACCGUGGGCGGCGUCAUGACCAAGCUGAUCCCCCGCAACACUGUCAUCCCCACCAAGAAGUCGCAGACCUUCACUACCUACCAGGACCAGCAGACCACCGUGUCCAUCCAGGUGUACGAGGGCGAGCGCGCCAUGACCAAGGACAACCACAAGCUGGGCCAGUUCGACCUGAACGGUAUCCCGCCGGCCCCCCGCGGCACCCCUCAGAUUGAGGUGACGUUCGAGGUGGACGCCAACGGUAUCCUGAACGUGGCCGCUGAGGACAAGGGCACCGGCAAGAAGGAGAAGAUCACCAUCACCGCCGAGAAGGGUCGCCUGAGCCAGGACGACAUUGAGCGCAUGGUGAAGGAGGCUGAGGAGUUUGCGGAGCAGGACAAGGCCGUCAAGGCCAAGAUCGACGCCCGCAACCAGCUGGAGACCUACUGCUACAACAUGAAGAGCACCGUGGAGGACAAGAUGAAGGACAAGAUCGAGGAGGAGGACAAGGAGAAGAUCACCGCCGCCGUCAAGGAGGCGCUGGAGUGGCUGGACGAGAACCCCGACGCCGAGCCUGAUGAGUACAAGGACAAGCUGAAGGAGGUUGAGGACGUAUGCAACCCCAUCAUUGCUGAGGUCUACAAGAAGAGCGGCGGCCCCAGCGACGGCGGCGACUCCGAGGACUUGGGCGACCACGACGAGCUCUAAGCACGUUGGUGGUGUGCACAGCAGCUGCAUUUGCAGUAGCAGCUUGCAUCGCUGCAGCACUUUGUAGUCGCUUUAGUGAGCCCGUCUUUUAGAACUUGGGCACUGCGUCGGAAUACGUGGGCUUGAGCUGAUUGACUUGACAUGCCAGCGGUCCAACGUGGCGGGCAUUGGGCGCUGGCAACAUGCAUGACCCCCAAGCAGUGACUGGUUUGGCAAUGCGUAGGCGCUGUAGCAGCGCUAAAAACGGUGGUACAGAGGAGAGCAGGGGUGGCACACAUGUGCUCCCCACAAAUUUUGAGAGCCUCGACUCGUAGGAUGUGUCACCCUGACAUGUCCGCAAGGACUCUACCUCAUUACCCCAACGAAUGAGAAUGAAGAGAAGGAGAAGGCCAAGUGCUUGAUGUGUAUGCGUGCGAAACGCGGGAGUCGCGUUGUCAGGAGGAUGUAAGGUGGAGGGAGCCACUAUCCAACAUAUUGCACUGUCCAUACAACGACACAAGCGUAGGUUUGAAUGGUCAGUCGGGGCAUGUGGCUGAAUCAUUAGCAUAAACAAGGCAGCCAUCCCGCACCGCUAUUGACGAGUGUUGCGGAACUAAUGCGUACGUAGACCAGAGCGGAAGGCGGAGUGGGCUUGCAGGCGGCACGAGCGUAGGCAGUCAGUAGCGCUGGGGUCACCAUCAGGCCCCGCGCGGCUACACCACCUUAGGCUGGAGUGUGCGCAGCCACAGGCCGCGCUUGACCCAAUUGCAUGCUCCGUUACAGCGAGCCCCAUGCAAGGUCGGCGAAGGGGAGAGGUCCAUGCUUGUCAGCAGCGCGAGGCAAGGCCGAACGCUUCCACUCCUCUCCCAUGGUCGGCCCAGCAAACUUCCAGCCAGCCAGCAACUCGUCGGUACAGUAACUCCGGCGUUCGACCAGCCGCGUACUCUUGCCCUGCCGUUGCAAAUUGGUUGUCAUCUGCUGGGGUCUGGGAAUCAGCUGCACCCUACGGGACUUUACCAACCUGCCUUGACACUGUCCCAUCACACAUCCACUCCUCUCGCAUUCGGUCCUUAGGGCAGCCCUUAAGUCCUUAACGACACACAAGCCUCUAGGGCUCAGCUCCUAGCCUUACGAGCCUCGGCUCGUGAGGAAGCGCACAACAUUUUCGUUGGCGGCUUUGGCUUUCGUUACUAACUUUUUGUAGCCUUUUGCGGGCUCUGUGAGGCUUUACGACUUGGUUACGACUUGGUUUGGAUGGCUUCGGCCUUGGGUGGGUGCGUCGCGCCCUGUUUUCGGCAUCGCGCGUUCUGUGGCGGCUGGCCGCGUCUGGGUGGCCGGCCGCGCUCGUUCUGCUCUGUGGUCGCUUUUUGGUUUCGUGUGUGCAGGUUACGGGUGGCCCUGGUGGUCGCUCGUGGCCCGGCGCAAGCUUCGAUGUUCCGUGGUGCUCCUCGGCGCCUCUCCUCGUGCCGCCUGGCCCGCCGUCGUCUCCACCGGCGGCCUUGCUGGCUCAGCAGAUAGUUAGGUUGCGGGUGCCGUUCGUAGCAUGGCGGUUCAGGGACCGUUAGGCAGCAGGUGACGCUGGUCGGGUAGUCCCGGGUGUCGGGUUGUGAGUGCCCGGGCGGCUGUUGCCCGGGCGCCCGGGCGGCUGGUGCUCCUGUUCGCCUCCGGGCGCGCGCGUGCCUGUUUGAUGGGUCGGUCUAGUUCGCUGGUGGGGCGGGUGGAGGGCGGUGUGCCCGUGGCGAGGUGUUGUGGUGUACUGGUGGUUUGGUCAGUUUCCGGCUCGGUUUCCCUUUGUGGUGCCUCGGCACCGACGUUUCCGGACAUGGGCCUCCGGGCCAAGACAUUGCGCGUCUGUGACGCCGACGAGAAAAUGUGUGGUGCUUGCGUUUGAUGGGGAUGUCGGCAGACCUCUGGCCUGUCGCGCCUUGUUGUGCGUGGGUGCUGCCGCCAAAAGACCUAAACGAGAUGAGGGGUGUUACGUGGCGGUGGGGCUUUGGCGGGCUUCGGCUUGGCUUCGACUCAUGUGCGUAACACUAUGAAGGUCGGCAGCCAACCAGGGGGCGGGUGUUGUUUCUCUGGGUCGCAGAUGGCCCUUCGCGGCGUGGGUACGGCGUGCCCCCGCUUGUCGGGCUGUCCCUUCAAUUGUAAUCCGCAUCCUUA